AAGAGAACAUGCUGCAUUUCCCUCCGAUCGUUUUUCUGAGGCCGAAAAAGCAAACUAACUCUGAUACUGCUAUGUUUCACUCUGUCGGAAGACGAAAGAGUGCCCAACAGAUUAGGGUUUCAACGUUGAAUAGCCCCUUUUCCCACCCCAAAUAGAAGCUUUGGUGUAGAUGAGUUGGUCUCAACAAUGGGUUCCGAUUCCAAUUUGGGAGGGUCACCCUCAGCAUCAUCGCCCAGUGCCAAGCGCACCAGAGAUCCCGAAGAGGAAGUUUACCUCGACAAUCUUCGCUCUCACAAGCGUUACCUAAGCGAGAUAAUGGCAUCCAGUCUCAACGGAUUGACAGUUGGAGACUCACUUCCUGAUAAUCUCAUGGAAUCUCCAGCAAGGUCUGAAGGCAUGUUCUCUUUCAGAGAUGAUAUGUCAUUACAAUAUUCACCUAUGUCAGAAGAUUCGGAUGACUUGAGGUUUUGUGAGACCCCUGUACACAGUUGCUCAUCCCAGCCUGACAGUCUUCCCAGUAGUCCAGUUUCUCCACACAGAUACCAAAAGCCGCAGAAUGCUUUAUUAUCUUCUGCAGCACCUUCCUCAAGUUCAAAUGCUUCUCAUAGCUCCACCGUCUGCACAGUUAGUUGCCCCCAACCCCAUUCCCAACCUCAACCUCAACCUCGUCAGCGAGGGUCAGAUUCUGAAGGACGCUUCCCAUCAUCUCCAAGUGAUAUAUGCCACUCAGCUGACUUGAGAAGAGCCGCACUUCUAAGAUCUGUGCAGAUGCGAACGCAGUCUCCUGGCUCUGCAUCUUUGGACCUGCCAUUUGGUUCUAACCAAGAGCAUGCUCCCAGCAUAGAUUCUGAGGAAAGAUCAUGCUCAUGUAUGAAAUCUCUGGUUGACGGGAGAGAGUAUUGAAGAGGGUUCAUCAAUCGGUAUUCGGAAGGUUGAUUACUAAUAUAGAAUCGUCAGUAUCCAUCGUUUCUAAAAUAUGAGAAGGUAGCUUGUGUUAGUUUCGGCGGAAAUGUAACCGUUGGUCUUGUGUUAUGGGGUUUUGUUCUCCCGCUUUAGCCCAUUGUGCCCAAUGGCUUCCGAAUUUUACUUAUUUCAUUUUGAUUUAAUGUUUCAUUUAAUUUAGUUGAUGAUUG